AUGGGAUACACCCACUACUACCCUAUCAAUACAAACUCCCCCGAGUGGAAAGCCAUCUGGCCCCAACUCAUCGACAAUGUCCAUAAAAUCAUUUCACGCUCCGGAGUUCAUGUAUCUGGCCCUGACGAAGGUCAUGAUGGCGAGGAAAUCCCGCCGCCCAUCGUCGAUGUAAACGAGGAUACCUAUCUCAAUGGGGUCGGUUAUGACGGUUAUCAGCCAUUUGUCAUUGGGCGCAAAGGCUAUCCUGGAUGCACAAAGACUGUGCGCAAGCCAUAUGAUGUAGUGGUGACAUGCAUUUUAUUGCGGGCCUAUAUGCUGGCACCCUCUGCUUGUGGCAUCGGUUCGGAUGGAUUCUGGAUCGAGUUGAAAGCUGCCCGGUCGCUUUACGAGGGUCUUUUUGGUGAAAAGCCUAAGUCGAGGAAUGAGCGCUCGCAAAGUAUUCGAUACAUAGCUCUGACUGUGUCUCGGGCUUGGGAGAGGUUUUGA